AUGUCAUAUGUAUCCGUGAGUCCUCUCCCAGAUAGACGGGGACCAACAGGAAACUGUCGUGAUAGAGAUGAAAAUGCAACUAAAAUUUGUACUGGGAAUGGUACGUGGUGGAUAGACCCAGACACGCUUCAAGAAAGAACAGAUUAUUCUAAAUGCCUGUCGAAGGAUGCUUUACAGCGUCUGGAGUUUCAUAAGAUUUCAACAAUAGUGAGCCUUUCUAUCAACGCUUUUGGAAUUUUUUUGCUGAUUCCUGCAAUUAUCAUUUUCAUUCGUUACAGAAAUCUACGCCGUCAAAAUAGAAUAAAACUACACAUUAACCUGUUCCUUUCCUUACUUUUGUGUGGAAUUGCUGUCAUGUGUUGGGACGUCAUGAUCAAAUACAACAGAAUUGUAAACCUACAAGACGAUCUUAUACAAUAUAAUCAGGAUGGAUGCAAAGUAUUAAAUAUGAUAGAGCACUACUUUCGAUCUACUACUUAUUAUUGGAUGUUGUGCGAGGGAUUUUAUUUACACCGACUGUUGUUGAACGCCUUUGUUCCUCCAAAGCGCUUAAUAGGAUACUACAUCACAGGAUGGGACCCAAUAUCUGGCAAGUACCAUGGUCUAGAAUGGAUACUGUUUGCACCAACUAUACUGUGCAUCAUUAUCAAUGUGUUUUUCCUUUUGAACAUUCUUCGAGUAUUGGUUCGACAGCUUUCUCAUCCCAAUGAACCUAAAAGUUACAGAAAAGCUGUGAAGGCGACACUUAUACUGAUACCGCUCUUGGGAGUUCACCAGUUCUUCACUAUUUACAGACCUCGUCCUGGUGACGAUGGAUACUACACCAUGACAAUGACAGCAGCAGUUAUUUAUAAUUCACAGGUUGGUCUGUCGUAA